AUGGCUCAAGUUCUUGGCCUUGAUCCUGAGGUUUCUGUCACGUCGGGCAGUGGCGCUUCUUGUCCUCGCACAACAAUCCCCUCAGCUCUCACUUCUUCUGUAUCUGCAUCUACUGUCCCUAAAACAAAUCGGCAUUCGUAUCUGCAAAGGCCAGGCUCUCAAACCCAAGCUCAAGCACGUACCCGGCCAAGAGCAAAAUCUGCAUCAAAUUUGCUAGGUGGCCCCGAAAAAGACAAGGACUUGGGUUUUCACGACGACACCUUCAUCGAACAGCAGCAGCAGGGGGACGGGGAACCGCAUGAUGGCCUUGCAGAGCUCAUUGACUUUCUGAGGAAUCACAGCCCUCCGUCGGGUAACUUUAUGUCUAUCCCCGAUGGAAUCCCCCCGGGGGACAGGGGCCGAUGGUACAGGCUCCGAAAGCUAGGCAAGAGGAGUAAAUCACUCUCCAAGUCGCCUCAAACCAUUCGGCUUCCAGACUCAGCUGUCUCGGGCACAACAAUAGGAGGACAUCGACAUAUUGCAAUUUCCAUACCCUUGGAUGCCUCGCCAUUUGGUCGAACUCCCAGGUCUCAGUAUCCUAUAUACCAGCACCGGAGUGUGAGGCCUCUCACUUCUCAGUAUGCUCCUACUAGAGCAGUUUUGAACGAAAAAGGCGUCGUGACAGUGUUACGGACUGUCGCAGAGGACAGAGAAUCAUCGCCUUCGGUGAGCCCGGCAAACUCUCAGCUUCUUUUAUCUACUAUCUCUCAAAGAUCUCCAAACUCAUCGAUCAAUGGGCACUCUACUCCGGCCCCUAUUAAUAGCAGCCACCAAAGUACGGCACCGGAAUAUUUGAAUAUUCAGGCAACGCCUCCUCCGAGGGUAGUGACCCCAGACCAAGUCAGACAAGCUAAUGAGCAGGGCCGAGGAAUUCAAAGCAACGGACAGGGGAACACACAUGCAGAAAGCCCAAACAAUCAGGAUAGAAUCCCUUCGCGGAGUCCCAGCUUGACAGGGGGUCGCUUCGUAUACCUCGGUGACCUGUCGAUCGAUACUAUGAUGUCUCAGUCAACCAAGACAGAAGCCCAUCAGGUUCCUACUUCACCUGCCCGCCCCGUUUCCCAGGAUGGAUCUUACCAACCUUCGCUUUCCAAAAGCAUAAUGACCACAAGCGAGAAUGAUCCUGUUGUGGCAGAGGCUCGGCCGGUCGAGGCAAGACCAGUAUCAGCCAGAGAUUCGCGCAUUCGAUUAUCCACGAAGAAAACCGAGGAGCCUUCUGUUACUGUAACCACCAAAAGUCCACUACGUGUCCAACGUCAAGGCUCUAGGAAACAGAGAACAAAGGAGAGAUCUUCAACCCCUGAAGCCAAAUUGUCACAGAGUCGCCGUGACAAGGUCAGGGACAAGAAAAAGAAGGACCUGGAAGCUGCUUCCUUGAAACGGCGCAGUAUGAUAUCUAUUUCGAUGGACCUGCAGCCCGAUUCUGAGCAGGAGACUAUCAAAGAGUCGUCUAAAGAAACGGCAGAAGAGCCACCACCAUUGCCAUUCAGGUCUCCCCAACGCCAAAGCAUGUGCCCCAUCAUGGUUGUCGCCAAUGUCAAGCCAUCACCUCCUCCAUCAGGGGUUAUCCCAGCAUCCCCGAGGAGACAAAUGACCGCAAACCCAGAAGACUUGACCUCUGCUGUGAAGUCGAAGCCGGGCGAUGCGGCAACUAAGCAAGAAGACGACACACCCAGUCGAGCAAUUUCUCCAUCUCCGGCCUCGUAUCAGAACGGGUCACCGACACCUCCCCAAUCCGCUCACUCAUCACCAACUCAUAAAGUGGACUCGCAUGACAGAACAUCCCUUUCGCGACGUCGGGAGUGGAGUGCUGCUCGAGAACAAGAACGUAAACGAAAGGAAGCUGCCUCGAACGCCAGUCCCCGGCCAAGGGCAAGGAGGGCCGUCACUAUGAGAGAAGACACUGGAGACAAAGCGCCCACCGUGGAAAAGGAGGUUUUGCGAAGAUAUGAGGCUUAUCGCGAGUAUCGCAUCAGAGAGAUGGAACGCAGAAUCAGGAGAUUGGAGCGCAAUGGAGAUGUCUGGCUUCGUGCCCUGGUGCCAGUAUUAGACAAUCUCAACCGCACGCUCGCUAAUUCUCAAGACGGGCACCCAGGCGGGGCGAAGGGGUGGAUCUCUGAUGAUGACCGUUCGAACUUUCAAGCAACGUCUAAAAUGAGACCAUCGAGCCGAGGACGUAUGAUGGCAAGGGCAGGGACAUCAGAGCGGGAGUUUCUGGAGCAGCUUGUACGGACUAAGGAGGAGCUUGAGGCUGGAAGUGUCAGCGAUGACAUGAGCGGCUUUGAUACAAUUGAGCCUCUGAUGAGAGAACUGGCUGGUCGAUCUCGACUAAGCUUUGAAGCAAGAUCACUGGGAAUGGAUGAUGAGGGAUUGUUGCAUUCUCUUUCCGAGUAG